AUGGGGGACCAGAGGCUGCCAGAGAAUCAGUCUGGUCAGGUACCCAGAUACAAGCAUGUCUUGAAGCACAAAAAGGAACAGAUGACAUUUCCUCCUUUCAUUGAGGGCCAUCACCGGCUGUUUUCUCAAGCAAAGCUUGAAGACUUUACUAGAGACUAUGAGUCACGUGAAGAGAUACUGUCAGGAACAAUCCAGGGUACCUUUCUUCCCAGAAUUUCUGAUGAAGCACCCAAUAAUGCCACCAAUAAGAGCCAGAGAAAGCUGGCCCAGGAUUUGGGACUGAUUUAUUCAAUGUCAGUGGAUCAGCAAGGAAGUAGAAGGAACCAACACAAGCUGGAUCAUUUGUCUCAGAUGGAAGAUGAUGUUGAAAACCACUUCAUAAAUUUGCUGCAGAUUCCAAAACGUGACUGGAAUCUGAAUAAGACACCUCACUUAGAAAAUCAAAGGAACUCAAAUAAGAACAGCAAACAUGGGAAAUACCUUCACGGAAAUUUCAACCAGGAAACUCCUGAGAAAUUCCAGUCAUGUCAAAAAAAUUUUCUUCCUGGUAACACAUCCACAAAUCAAAAUUUGCUUGACUCUCUUAAUAAUAGAUACACACAAAGAGGAGGUGAUGAUAUCUAUGAAUUGGAUGACACAUUGGAAAAAUUGGAUGUGGUGCAACAAUUUACCAUGGACAAUGUUUAUCAGCCAACAUGUGAGGAAUCCUCAGACAAGAAUAUCUGUCCUCUUCCUUCCAAGCUCAAGUACUUCAGAGGGUUAAGCAAAGAAAAAGUCAUCAGAUUCUCCAAAGAGGCAAAAAUAUUUGAGAUGAAACUCCAAAAAUCACAUGAUUGUUGUACAUCCACCAAGGAUCAGUUAAAAUAUGGGUUAUCAUGUCAGAAACCCAAGCAGUUAAAAGCACUACCUAGUAAAGAGCCUAUAAAUGACCAUAAGGGCUUCCUAGAGGUUCAAGGUAGAAGCUUUUGCAAACCAGAUGUACUUGAAAAUCUCUAUGGGACAAUUGCCUUUAAGGAUUUCAUUGUACACAAGGGCUAUGAUAUGCCAAUCAUACUAAAGAAAUUUUUUAUGAAGAAAGGAUGGAAUUACAACUCUGUUAAUACUCCUAUACCAAGCAUAUUAAAAAAUCAUGAACUGAUAAUGCAAAAACAGGAUGAUGAAGAUGAGGAAGAAUGGGAAGGAAAUUGA